CGUGGCGGCGGCGGCAUGCCCCAGGCACCCGCACGGUCCGCGCCCCUGGCGAGCCCCGACUACUAUGAGAGGCUGGGCCGCCUCCAGCGCGGGCUGCGGGACAGUGAAAAGAAGAGAUUGGACCUGGAAAAGAAACUUUAUGAAUAUAAUCAAUCUGAUAUAUGCAGAGUUAAGCUGAAGUAUGUAAAACUAAAGAAAUACCUGGAGGAAAUAUGUGAAUCAGAAAAGAAGGCUCAUACUCGAAACCAAGAAUAUUUAAAGCAGUUUGAGCGUGUCCAAACUCAUGUUGGACACUUCACCACAAAUACAGAGAAGCUUCAAGAACUGAAGAUUGAAUAUGAGACUCAAGUUAAGAAGAUGCAGUUACUCUCAAAAGACAGCCUGGGAAUAACAGGUGAACUGAAAGAUGAAGAUAAAGAAAAGGUUGCAAUGCAGGCAGGGAUUAACUUGGGGACAGCUGUGUCAAGAGGAUUGUAUCAACCAGCAACAAUCUUUAUGGGCCGCCAAAUGUCAGCCAUCUCAAGCACUGGAGAUGUUAGUACAGAGCAGAAAUCUCCCCAACCCACGAAGAACUUCUCAAUUCCUGACCCACGUUCACAGCGACAGACAGCCCAGAGCAGUGAUGUGACAGACAGCUAUGUAGUCCGCACUAAUAGUGACACACAGUGCUUAAAUAAGUCUGACAAAAUAGAUGGAAGGACAUCUCUUCAGAUUGGUGAGAAAACGCCAGUCACAGCCAGCCCAUUGUCUGAGGAGGAACAGACUCAUUGCUUGGAGAUAGGAAGCAACUCACGUCACGGCAAGAGUAAUUUAUCUGAAGGCAAAAAGUCUGCUGAACUCCAUUCCCUGUUACAGGAAAGAUUACGUCCAGGGAGCAGAACCACUGAUUUAAAGUGUGACAGUUCCAGCAGAUCAGGGGGAUCAGAGAGAGAAAUACUGACACGGGAACAUAUUGAAGUCAAGGAAGAAAGUGCCAGACUACCAGUCACUCCGAUGUCAGUCUCAGAAUACUGUGCAUCUGAAAAUAAGUGUUCUCAAGAGAAGCAUUCUGCUCAGGAAGGUUUCUCAGAUCAUCCUCCUCACGGGGACCCCGAGGCACAGAAGCCCUUCAGGAAAAUGCAGCAACAGCAGGAAGAGGAAAGUCUGAGCAGCAGCAGUGACCUCACAGUUUCCUUAAGUGAAGAUGAUCUGAUUUUAGAGAGUCCAGAACCACAGCCAAAUCCAAGUGACAAGAUGGAGGGAGAAGAUGGAAUAGAGGCCUUAAAAUUAAUCCACUCUGAGCAAGAAAGAGGUGCCCUAUCCACCGAAAAACAUAAGUGUAUUUUGCAAACUCUAAGCUCUCCUGAUUCAAAAAAGGAAUCCUCCACUAACUCACCAACAAGAGAACUCUAUAAUCACAGUGACAUUCUGAAAGAAGACCUUGAAGCCUGUGGAACAGCUGUCCUUCACCAGCCUCCGAGACUCUUACCUGGAGGUGGCAGCCAUGAAAAGCAAGUCAGAUCUGAACAAGCGUCAGCCUCAGGCUUUUUGAGGGCACAGUUGGGUCAGCACAUGGCCGCCUUGAAAGAACGUGAUAAUUCUAUCACAGAAGAGGUAGCUAAGAAGUCUGAAGUUUUCCUAGUCAAAAACGUGGACCAGAGGACAGGGGCAGCAGCGUUAUUGAAAAAAGCCCCUACAGAAGAGUGUGACGAUAGUUCGGCCGUUCACAGUAAUGAAUCAUCUUGCAGCUUGCCAUCUAUUCUGAAUGACGGUAGUGGAAUAAAGGAAGCGAAACCCACUCUAUGGCUCAACAGUGUUCUUACAAGGGAACAAGAAGUUUCAAGUGGCUGCGGAGAUGACAGCAAGGAAGAGAGCGUGGCAGCAAAGAUUCCAAUCACAGAAACAAAAGCCUACCAGUUGCUGAAGUGGUCUACCCUUCAGGAUAAUACAAAUCAAACUGAAGACAGGUUCCAAAAGGCAGAUGCUUCUGCAUCACAACUGUCAGGUUUGAAUAUUGGCAGCGGUACAUUCAAGACAAAGACAACUAACGAAAUCGCUUCGGAAGCUAGUUUUUCAUCUAGUGAAGGAAGUCGUUUGUCAAGGCAUGAGAACAAAGAGAAACUAACCACCAACGUAAAGUCUAAAGCCUUCUGGGGUGAGUCUGAUGACACUAACUCGGAAAUUGAAGCUGCUCUACGUCCUAGAAACCAUAACACAUCCACCGAUGAUUUUGAUGAUUUUUAUGACUAAUAAGCUGUACCAUCUGUUGGAAAUAAAGUCUUUAAACAAACUGAAAUCCUGUGUUCAUAUGUGAUGUCCAAAA